AAACUUCGCUAGUGACAGAAAUGGGAGCAGGACUUGACCAAAGCCAGUAGAUGGUCAUGCCAACGUUUCUACUGUUCUCCAUUAGUAAAAGCUAAUAGACAACUGUGUGUGGAUGUAAAACUUAGAAAUAGUAAUGUACAAUGACAGAUACUUGAAUCUGACAUCGAAGGGCAAGCUUCUUCAUCAGAAAUGCAGCCCUGAAGAUGAUGUUUUUGUCUUUAGUAAAUUAACAUAUUCCUGGUUUAGCAGACUAAUAUCUAUAGGUUAUAAGAAGCCAUUGGAGAGGGAUGACUUGUUUGAACUGAAUGAAGGUGAUUCACCAUACAGUGUGUGUCCUAACUUUGAAAAGCAAUGGAGGAAGGAAAUGCAAAGAUCAACCACUGGAUUAAAGGCUUCUUACAUCGAAAGAAUGCUAUUUAAGAAAACAAGUUUCUGUAAACCAUCUUUGAUUUUCCCACUGUGGCAAACAUUUAAAUUUUUAUUGAUUAAAGUUGCCUUUCUGAAAGUUACAGCUGAUAUUCUGGCUUUCAUGGGUCCACAGAUAAUGAAAGCACUGGUAACGUUGAGUGAAAAUCACCCUGGUUCACACAGGAGUGGAUAUGGCUAUGCUAUUGCCCUUUUUUUUGUAGUUCUCUCUCAAACUCUCCUCCAUCAGUUAUACCAGCGUAACAAUAUGCUUACUGCAGUCAAAAUCAAGACUGCAGUUGUAGGCCUGAUAUACAAAAAGGCCUUAACUUUAGCGAACUCCUCACGUCGAAACUAUACAACUGGGGAAAUUGUUAACCUGAUGUCAGCAGAUGCUCAGCAACUCAUGGAGCUAACUGUAAACCUCAACCUCCUGUGGUCAGCACCUUUUCAGAUCCUCAUGGCUGUCUUCUUUCUCUGGCAAGAACUUGGCCUCUCUGUCCUAGCAGGUGUUGCAGUGCUUCUUUUCAUUAUACCUAUAAACGCGCUCGUUGCAGCCAAAGUGAAAAGUCUGAAGAAAAGCCAAAUGAGGUAUUCAGAUCAACGAGUCAAGCUACUAAGUGAAAUGCUACAUGGAAUAAAGAUUCUCAAACUUUAUGCAUGGGAACCUUCAUAUCAAAGGAAGGUCAUGAGCAUUAGAGAACAUGAAGUAGAUGUUUUGAAGUCAUCUGGGUAUCUGGCGACUUACUCCAUGCUAACGUUGACAUGUAUUCCUUUUAUGGUGUCUCUGGCUACAUUUGGAGUUUUCUUUCAUGUGGAUGAAGAGAAUGUUUUAACAGCAGCUAAAGUUUUUACAUCUAUUUCUUUAUUUAACAUUCUGCGACUGCCAUUGUUUGAUUUACCAUCUGUCAUCUCUGCUGUAGCUCAGACCAAAGUUUCUCUGAGCCGUUUAGAGGAUUUUCUGUACGCUGAAGAUCUUAAUCCUGAAGAUGUCAACAUAAACUAUAGUGGAAAUCAUGCUGUUGGAUUUAUUGGUGCUUCUUUCCGCUGGGAUAAAAGUGGCCUACCAGUCUUAAAAAAUCUGAAUGUCAGCAUUCCUGAAGGCUCUUUAGUUGCCGUUGUGGGACAGGUUGGAUCUGGAAAGUCAUCCUUUCUUUCUGCUAUUCUUGGAGAAAUGGAGAAACUUGAAGGAACAGUUCAGAGACGAGGGUCAGUGGCUUAUGUUUCUCAGCAGGCUUGGAUUCAAAAUGCCAUUUUACAAGAAAAUAUUCUCUUUGGCUCAAAUCUAAAUAGGCCAUACUAUGAGCAGGUUUUAGAGUCUUGUGCUUUACUCCCAGAUCUGGAACAGUUACCGAAUGGAGAUCAAACAGAGAUUGGAGAAAGGGGUGUCAAUAUAAGUGGAGGGCAGAAGCAGAGAGUGAGUCUGGCUAGAGCUGUAUACAGCAAUGCUGACUUGUAUCUUCUGGAUGACCCCUUAUCUGCUGUAGAUAUACAUGUGGGGAAGCAUCUUUUUGAGAAGCUAAUUGGGCCGUCAGGUCUCCUAAAGAGCAAGACUCGUAUAUUGGUGACACAUAACCUAACCCUCUUGCCUCAAACUGAUCUUAUAAUAGUAAUGGAAGAAGGCAGGAUAAGUCAGAUGGGGACUUACCAAGAACUGAUUUCAAAGAGAGCUGACUUUGCUGAGCUUACUCAAGUCUUCACUACAGAGAACAGAAGUGAAGAGACAACCCUAGUGAAAGUGAGCUCUUCAAAAGAAGAGUGUCAGCUAGGAGAGAGUCUGCCACAAAGAGAACUUUUGAAACAUAAAGAUCCUUCCUUUGAUCGAUGGAGAACACACUCAAAGAGUAAAGAAAAAGUUGCCACAGGUGGCAUGAAAAUGGCAGUUGUUUUGAAAUACUUGCAAGCCUUUGACUGGCGAUGGGUGUGGCUAACCAUAGCUGCUUAUUUAGGUCAGAACGCACUAGCUAUUGGACAAAAUCUGUGGCUUAGCACCUGGACUGCAGAAACAGCAAAAAUUAAUGAUUUCACGGAAUGGAAACAGUUGCGAAAUUAUAAACUUGGUAUCUAUAGCCUUUUGGGAUUCAUACAAGGUCUUCUUGUUUGCUGUGGUGCGUAUGUGCUCAACAGAGGAUCGCUUUCUGCUUCUCGGGCAUUGCAUCAUCAGAUGUUAGACAGUGUAUUACACCUUCCUCUUCAGCAUUUUGAAACUAAUCCAGUAGGUCAGAUCAUCAACAGAUUCACAAAGGACUUAUUUGUAGUGGACAUACGUUUUCAUUACUACUUACGAACCUGGUUGAAUUGUACACUAGAUGUUAUUGGAACCAUUCUAGUUAUCUUAUCUGCCUCACCGCUAUUUGUAGUAGUAGUUAUUCCCCUGGGAUACUUGUAUUUUACUAUCCAACGCUACUACAUAGCAAGUUCACGACGGAUUCGACGGCUAGCUGGAGCAUCACAUUCUCCUGUGAUCUCCCACUUCAGUGAGACUCUUUUAGGGGGAUCAACAAUUCGAGCUUUUGGCCACCAGGAAAGAUUCAUUAGAAAAAAUUAUGAUGUUGUGUAUGAGAACUUGGUUUACUUCUACAAUAAUGUCAUCUCAAACAGGUGGCUAUCUGUCAGGCUUGAAUUUCUAGGCAGUUUAAUGGUGUUCUUUGCUGCACUGUUUGUAAUACUGGCUGGAAAUACAGUGAAUUCUUCUACAGUGGGUUUAUCCAUAUCAUAUGCUCUAAAUGUAAUUCAGAGUCUAAAUUUUUGGGUGCGUAAAGCGUGUGAAAUUGAGACCAAUGCAGUUUCAAUUGAAAGAGUUUGUGAAUAUGCAAAAAUGGAUAAAGAGGAACCCUGGAUUAUGUCGAAAAGGCCACCUGUGGGAUGGCCCGAUAGAGGCAUAGUAGAGUUUAUUAACUACAAGGCUCAGUACAGAAAAGAUCUUGGUUUAGCCCUGAACGGUGUAUCUUUCCAGACACGGAGUAAAGAGAAGGUUGGAAUCGUUGGAAGAACAGGAGCUGGUAAAUCAACACUCACAAAUUGCUUGUUUAGAGUACUAGAAGGAUCUGGAGGCAAAAUAAUUAUUGACGGAAUUGAUAUAUCCACUAUUGGACUCCAUGACCUACGUGGAAAUCUUAACAUUAUUCCACAGGACCCCAUCUUGUUUUCUGGGACAUUGCAGUCAAAUUUGGAUCCACUUGGAAAACAUUCUGAUCUGGAACUGUGGGAGGCACUGGAACUGUGUGACUUAAAAGAUUUUGUUCAGUCACUCCCAAAGAAGCUCCUUCAUGAGAUUUCAGAAGGUGGUGAAAACCUCAGUGUUGGGCAGAGGCAGCUUGUCUGUCUUGCACGUGUUUUGCUACGAAAGACAAAAAUCCUGGUCUUAGAUGAGGCGACAGCUUCUGUUGAUACAGAAACAGAUAACUUGGUGCAGGCCACCAUCAGAAGAGAGUUUUACAACUGCACAAUACUAACUAUAGCCCACAGGUUGCAUACAAUCAUGGAUUCAGAGAGAGUGCUUGUUCUGGACGCAGGAAGAAUUCUAGAAUUUGAUACACCGCAUAAUCUGUUACAACAGCAAGGUACUUUUUCUGAAAUGGUUGCAGAGGCUGAGAUAACAAGAUAAAGGAACCUAGUGAAUGAAUUCUUAAUAAAGAUAAGAUUUCUUUACUCCAAUAAACACUCUAGGGAUAUGUGGUAUUCCUGAUGUUAUAAAACAAACUAGCUGCCUUGAAAGCUCCUCCCAUUGCAAUUUACUACAGCUAAAAUUUGUAUAUAUUGAUCAGAUUUCUUAAAAUAACUUUUCUUUUUUAUUUUUUUAUACAAACCACUUACUUUGAUCAUACUGGCACUGGAAUAAUAUAUUGAAACAAUGAUUUUCAUGGCAUGUUUUAAAUGUUGCACUAGCAAAGACAGACCAAAAAUAAAUCUUGCUGUUCACACAA